AUGAGACCUCCUCUGAAACCUUCUCUCAUUCCAUUCCUGAAGCCCUCCCGGAGUAAUCUCAUUCCUAACCAUUUGAAACCACCAUUCAUCCCAUCUAACCACAUCAACCGUGAACCAAAUAGAAGUAAAAUCCUCUAUAACCCAUCAAACCAGAUCACCAUUAAUUCCCAUAAGUCCUCACCCAAUGGAAAACACACAUUUACUACUGCAAGUACUCCUUCUCACACUAUCAAUCCACCCAAAUCACAACUCGCUCCACAACAAAUCGAGGUUUUUGAGCCUCUAAUUCCACCAUCUCUCAAAGGAGAAUCUCCAGCUCACUUUCCCCCACCAACCUUUAAACCACUUAGACCAUCAUUUACAACCAUAAACGUCCCCAAUUCUGGUGCAUCCACCCCAUCUAAACCUACCAUCAAACCGCAACAGCAUCGGAAAGCUACCAACAAACCGCCUUUACAAGCCAGACCACACCUAAGCAGCUACCAAAAAAUUUCAACCCAAGACUGUAUGAUUCCCCAGAGCAUCAAAUUGAAAGACUAA